AGGAGCUGACAGGUGGCCAGUGGUCAGAGCUGACUCGGGAGCAGUUUGACGCCGAGCCCCCCCAGUGCUCAGUGUGAGUCCGAGCUCAGCACCAGCUCCUCCUGGGCUCAGCCGAAGCUGCCCCGAUGUCUCAGGCGGCCACCAAAGCGGACCUCAAGGAAUCUUUAGAAGAAAGUCCAGCGGCAGACCAUGACAAUGAAGCGCAGCAGGAGGAGAUGUCCCCGAAAUAUAUCUUCCUCACCAUAUUCUCCUGUUUCUGUCCGUCUUACCCCAUUAACAUCGUGGCGUUCGUCUUUUCGAUGAUGGCUCUACACAGCUACAAUGAGGGAGAUAUCGAUGGAGCCAAAAAGCUAGCACACAUAGCGACACUAGUUGCCAUUGCAGCCAUUAUUAUUGGAUUAUUAAUUAUCGCAGUCUCUUGCAUCGUUCACUUCUCUCUGCAUCACUGACCGGGUAAACAAUAAAGAAAAUGAACUGUUUUGGAAAUUCACCAGCAACUAUCUGAGAGAGGAUGAAGUUAACGUGUAAUUAGUGCCGACUGUGUACAGUUUUUAUUGUAGUUGAUGUGACCCUCUUACUCAGCUGGCUACAGUCAGACCAUUGGACAGUCUUCAAACCAGUUACCACCUUUCAGAAGGGAAAAAUGAAAUACUUUCAAACCUUUGCUCUAACGUAAAUCUCAAGAAAUCUUUUUUCCCCCGAAUCUGACAGCUGGAUAAUAACCGAGCUGCAAUAACAAUUAGGGAAGCCUUUUUU